CACCACAAGACAAUACAUCGAACUCCCAUCAACUCAGUCAAAAUGUCCGCCCUUCCCCGCUCCCUCCGCGCCUGCCUAAUCUGCUCCUUCGUCCAACCACACUCCCGCUUCAUCAAAAACGGCUGCCCCAACUGCGAGCACUUUCUCGAGAUGCGCAAUUCCUCCGACGUGGUCGCCGAGUGCACGUCCGAAGUCUUCGAGGGGGUUAUGGAGGUCAACGAUACGAAUACGAGUUGGGUGGCUAAGUGGCAGAGGCUGGAGGGGUAUGUGCCAGGGAUGUAUGCUGUCAAGGUGAAUGGGGUGUUGAGUGAUGAUUAUAUUGUUGCGGCGGAGAGUGCGGGGGUCACUUAUAUGCCGCGAGAUGGCAGCCAGAGCACCGAUGAGCAGUGAUCGAACCCUCCGGCUUCCGCUCAGAUUGGAUUCUGAAAGGUUUCAGCGAUGGAAAAGUCUCGCAUGAGGCGAGGUGCCUUCGCAGAAAGCAUACGAAAGU